AUGAUCAGACUAAAAUGGUAAUUUGGAAAAUAUGUUUAUUUCAAAUACAUUCCUAUAUUAGGUGUAAUCUAUAUAUAUAGAUCAUCAUCCAAGAGAGGUAAUCCAUAAUAAUGGUUGAUUGAUAUUAUCCAUAAGCAGCCUGAAGUCAAAUUGAUUAUCUCUAAUUCAGUCACUAAACCUGUAUUUAUUUUAGUGGAUCCUGACUAUUACAAACCAUUGUAUUUAGAUCAUCAAAAUGUAGUAAAGCAUGAUUAAAGUGGUAUCAAAGAGUAUAUUUUUAUUAUUAUGGCUAGUUUUCUUUUAAGCAAAGGUCUCUUAUUUGCAGAAGGAGUCAAAUGGAAGGAAUAAAGAAAUCUUUUAAGUGAUCAUUUUCUUUUUGAAAAAUUAAAGGAAAGAAUUCCAAUGAUAAAUUAAGUAAUAUGCGACAAAAUCAAUUGCAAUAAGAGUGUUAAUAUGAUAUUUUAGUUUAUUUGUUCAAUAACUGGAGAAGUAGUUAUUAGAAGUUUUUUUGGUGAAGAAGCCUAAGGAUGGAAAAUUAAUGGAAAAGAAGCUUAAAUUGAAUUAGGAGAAAUUUUAAAAUCUUUUGUUGUUUUAAGAUUUAGCAAUUUCUUCAUAUAUUUUAAAUAAAAGCUUUUAGGUUUAAAAUCUUGGAAUUAUUGUUUAAAAGCAGAAAAAUAAAUUUUGAAUAGAGUGAUUAAAUUUAAAGAAGAUCUGAAGGAAAUUAUAUCAAGAAGAAAACAAAAAAUAGAAUAAGAAGGGAGUAAAUUGGAAAAUGGAGAUUUUUUGGAUGUAUAUUUAAAUAAAUUAUUGAAAUGUAAAGAAUAAAAUGAAUCUCAAUAAAUUGAUGUUGAAGAUAUUAUUUCAUAAUUUAUUACUCUAUUUUUAGCAGGUACUGAAACAACUGGAGCGUUGGUUUCUAACUCCUUACUCUUUCUAUCUGAAAAUAAAUAGUAUUUAGAAUAAUUAAGAAAUGAAGUCAGAUAACUUGUUGGUGAAGGAGACAUUACAGCUGAUAUUCUUAGUAAAUUAAUUUAUUUAGAAUGUUUUUUAAAAGAAGUUAUGAGACUUAAACCAUCUGUUGUUCAUCCAAUCGUAAGAUAAGCUAAAAUUGAUAUUUAAAUCAAAGAUUUAUUUAUUAAAAAAGGAUCCUAUAUUCUUCUAGGUAGUUUUUUAGCAAAUAUCAAUUCAAAUCAUUAUGAAAAACCUUUAGAAUUUUAUCCAUAAAGAUGGUUACAAUAAAAGCCAAUCUCAAAAGAUAAUGGGUUUGUUAAUAUUCCUUUUGCUGCUGGAGGUAGAAAUUGUAUAGGAUAGCAUAUGGCGAUGAUAGAAGCGAAAAUUAUAUUAGCUCAUAUUAUCAGAAGAUAUAAUAUUUCAAAUAAUCUAGAAAUAUCUAAAAUUAAUUGGUUAUCCAGAGGCAUUCAAACUUAUUUACCUGAUAAUGCAAUAUACCUUCAAAAAAUAGAAUGA